GUAAUCUAACUAACCUAAUUGGUUAUCAUUUAAUUGUUAGAAUGAUUUAGAAAUUGUUUCUGUAACAAUUAAAGAUGACAAUCAACAGGUGGCAGCAAAAUUAUAAUCGUUAAUUACCUUUGAUUGAAAAUUUGAGAAAUUAACAUCCUCAUGUUGAUUAGAAAGUCUUUUAAUUUUCCCUUAAUUGUUGCUCUCUAGUUAUGUCUAUCCAAUUGUUUCACAAUGAUUUAUCUCCUCCAUCUCGAGUUGUUCGGAUUCUAAUUAAACUUCUUGAUUUAAAAGUUGAAGAGACAAAGAUUAGUUUAAUAGCUGAUGAACAUCUCAGGCCAGAAUUUACCUCAAUUAAUCCAUUUCAUCAAGUUCCAACUUUGAUUGAUGGUGAUUUCACUCUUUGGGAAAGAGCUAUUCUAACCUACCUGGUGGAUAGAUUUGCUCCAGGUAACUCACUUUAUCCAAGUGAUUUAAAAGCUCGAGCCACAAUCGAUCGAUGGUUAUAUUGGGACAUCGGCACCAUGUAUGCGACACUGAGGCCAUUUAUUGCAAACGGUUCCAUAGAUUCUGAAGCUGAUCAAUUGUUCAAAGACAAGGCCAAAGAAUUGGACGAUUCAUUAGCCGAAACCAAAUAUGUGGCCGGCGAUACAUUGACGAUCGCUGAUCUUUCCCUCGGUGUUACAAUUAACUUUUCUGUCGCCAUUGGAAUUGACUUAUCGGGUCUUUCUCAUAUCAAUCGAUGGACCAAACAACUAGAAAGUGACCUCAAGUCCGAUACUUGGUCAAGAUUAGUUGUUCAACCAAAUAAUGCUCUAGUUUGGUUGUAUCAUAUUUAAUUUGACUCAAUUUGAUUGUCGAUUUGAUUUUUGUUGAUCAAUAGUUGAAAAUAACUUCGCCAUCAAAUCGGAAAUUAAUUUAAACUUAAAUUUAGUCUGUAAUUUAUUCAAAUCAAGGUUAACAUGGGAAUUAAAUGAAAGACCUUGAUUAUGAUUCCGAAAAGGAUAUUAAUUAAUCGCCCAACAAUCAACUAUCAAAACAUCAAACUCUUGGAGAAACACACGCCUCAAGAAAUUAAACUUAAUUGUUUUCCAAAAAGAAAAGUUCAUCAAACUGAUUCCACCCAAUAAUUCAGGAAUAUAAUGAACAAUUAAGAUAAUUAAAGAAAAAAAUUUCUUUAAAUGACAAAGAUGAUUAUGAAGCGAUAACAAUAACGGUAAAAAGGGAAACUCAAUGUUUCCCUUGUUGAGAUUCAUCCAAACCCUAAUCAAAAAUUAGGUUAAUUGUUGACAGAAAGAAAGGGUUAAUCAUUAGAAUGAUUAACUAAUCAUCUUUCCCAUUUAAUAUCCUAAUCUCUACCUUGCCCUUGAUCAAAUUAAACAAUCGAAUGAAGGAAAAGUAAAACUGACCAUUUAUGAUUGUUGAGUCUCUCCCGAAAUCAAACUUUCAAUUCUUAAGAUGGAAUAAAUUUUUUGAGUUU